AUGUCCCAAAACGAGAGAACCUUCAUUGCUGUUAAACCAGAUGGUGUCCAGAGAGGUCUGGUACCAGAGAUCCUGUCCAGAUUCUGGAACAAGGGUUACAAGUUAGUUGCUAUCAAGUUGACUUUGGCUAACGAAGACUUGUUGAGAGAGCACUAUGCUGAUUUGACCUCCAAGCCAUUCUUCCCAUCUCUGCUGUCUUACAUGUUGAGUGGUCCAGUCUUGGCUACCGUCUGGGAGGGUAAGGAUGUUGUCAAGCAGGGUAGAGCUUUGUUGGGUGCUACUAACCCUUUGGCUUCCGCCCCAGGUACCAUCAGAGGUGACUUCGCCGUUGACAUGGGUAGAAACAUCAUCCAUGGUUCCGACUCUGUUGAGUCUGCCGAGAAGGAAAUCGGUUUGUGGUUCAAAAAGGAGGAACUUGUUGACUACAAGCCAACUUUGACCUCUUGGAUCUACGAAUAA